AUGGAGCAUUUAACAGACCUCAACGAUUGGAUAGACAAGCGAAGCCAAUUCAACGACAUCUGCCUGCCCCGGAUUUACUUCAAACCAGAAACGAAGAUACUGGAAACCCAACUCCAUGUAUUCAGCGACGCCUCCGAACUUGCCUUAGCAUCAGUUGCUUACCUCAGAAUCAGAUACGACGACGACACAACGGAACUCAAGUUCGUCAUUGGAAAAACCCGAGUAGCACCCAUCAGCAGAAUGACAAUUCCAAAUCUCGAGCUUCAAGCCGCCACUAACGGAGCUAAACUGUCUCGUUUCAUCAAAGAACAACAUGACAUACGAAUCGACACCCUCUACAACCUCUUUGCCCCUUCAUCGACGAUCACAAACACUUACGUGCCAAAUGACGACUACAGAAAGCCCCGCUUCUACUUUGCAGCCGACAUCCAGCCAUUCUGA